AUGGCACGCCCCUUGCUCCUCUUCACCAUUAUCAUUGGAGUUCUAUUUGGGUUCUCCUUGUUCAUCUUAUGGCUCGUUGCCAUCACCCAUAAGGUCAAGUUCCACGUCGCCGGCGCCGACCUGACCCAGUUCAACUUGACCGACGACGACCAACUUCUCUACAACCUUGACCUCAAUAUCACUGCCGGGAACCCUAGCCAACGAUUCGGAAUUAACUUCGACAACAUUCAAGUGGCUGUCUUGUAUCAUGACAUAGAGUUUGGAAACACGACGCUGGCGCCUUUCUACCAAGGCCAAGACGGCACCCGUCUCCUCCGAAUGAAGUUUGAUGGCCAGCGACCAGUGAAGCUUGACGCUGUGCGGCUUGCUGUGUUCACUCUCGAGCAAAUUGCUGAGAUCUUUUCGAUUCAAGUGGAACUUCGUCUCAAGAUUAGGGUCAAUGUUGCCGUCGUUAAGAUUAAACUCAACCCUAAGGUGGAUUGUGGAUUUAAUGUUCCGUUGCUUUCCCGUAGACGCUCAUCGUUUCUUCGAUUUCGAAUCAUUGGCUGCCGUGUCCGAUAUUGACUCGCUAUGUAUGUCUGGAGACUUCACUGUUAAGUUAUGUUUAAGUUGGUUUGAAUUUCUCUCUAUCACAAGAGUAUAUAGUUUGACCUAUAUGUGUGCUCACUCUUUGUCGUUUGGUAAAUUAAAAGUUGAAACAUUUACAUUGAGAAUAUAUGAUUACAAUUAUGGAGCGAA